AUGAGUGCAACCGCAGUGACUGAGAAUCUCCCGAUCAUGGAGAAACAAAAGAAGACACGAAAGACUCACCACAAAGUCAGAACGGGGUGCAUAACGUGCAAGAUCAGAAGAAAGAAAUGUGACGAGGAAAGGCCCUUCUGUCGGCGCUGUACCAGUACUGGUCGGAAAUGCGAUGGAUACGGCCCUCAACCUACCCCCGAGACGUCCACUUCGGAAGGGUCCUCACCCUCGCUCUCCGAACCUGGCGCAAAGCGCGUCAAAAUCUCCGCUAACAAGGUCGCCAUUCCUGCGGUAACAAAGAACAAGAACGCUUCAUCUAGCAACAAGAUCUAUCCCCUACUAUCCAACCUCCGAUUUGACACAGACAACGAUUUCUACUGCUUCGACUUCUUUCGUUCAAGGACGGGUCCUGAGUUUGCGGCAUAUUUCGACAGCUCGGUAUGGCGGACGUAUAUUGUACGAGCAUGCUUUCAGCAUCCCACCGUCGCCGCGGCAGCAGCAGCGGUGGGUGCUGUUCAUCGACGGUUCGAGCUCGGUAUCUCGCGCGAAGCAUUCGAAUACUGCGACAUUUCCGACAAGUUAUACCAGAAGGCGUUGCGAAAAUUGUCAGACGACAUGGUUUCGCACCCGAAUGCCGCGGAAAUCAACAUGAUCGUAAUGAAGUUGUUCAGCAUAUUCGAGACCUUCCAGGGGAACUACGAUGCAGCGCAAUUGCAUAUGACGAACGCCUUGAAAGGGCUCUUGAACCGAAGUAUGCGCACGACCUACAAAGACACGCAGUACCGUGCCGUGGAUAUCGGCUACGAAAGCCUACGGCGGCUGUUCCUGAAGCUCGAGCUAGAAUCCGUCCGCUUAUUUGGCGGGCUGGCGACGAUUCUCAGCGACCCAGAACCUUCCAUUCAGGAGGCAUAUCUGACGCCGCUCUCGCAAACGGAUGACUAUCAGUCAGAAGUUCCCGAUCCCAAUCCGUACAAAAUCCCCCACGCAUUCUCCUCCCUCUCCCAGGCCCGAGAUGUGCUCUUCACCGAAGCGAAAUGGAUCUGGCACACGUGGUCGCUCCUCGAAGAGGGCUCCCUAAUGGGUUUGGGGUGGAACAGGCACCAGACCCACAUUGUACGCCUCCUGCGAUGGAGCAUGGCCUACGCAGAGUACAGCAAGACCGAAGCCUCCCGGGCGAACCCGCAAGACCGACACCCCGCACAACUGCUCAAGGCCUACCGCGAAGCCGCGUACCUCCUGCUCCUCACCCAAAUGGCAUUCCACUCGCCCGACACGGGCGCCGUGAUCGUCCCGCUCUGCGACCCCCCAGAGACGUGCGACUGCCACCGCAGCUGCCGCAACUACGCGGAGCGCAAGGAGGCACUGAACGCGCACUUCGCCCGCCUGCUCAUCCUCAGCGAAACCAUCUUCAACCGCGCCAGCUUCUUCGCCCACGACGAACACUCGAUGAGCGUGGACAGCGGGAUCGGCCCGCCCCUGUACCUCGGCGCCACGCGCUGUCGGUCCACCAAGGUGCGCCACCAGGUCACGUCGCUGCUGAGCAAGAGCGAGAUCCAGCACCACGUCUGGGACACGUUGGGCGUGUACACCAUUGCGGAGAAGCUCUCGUCGAUCGAAGAGCACGCCGUCACGGCGUGUGGGGCGGUGUCGGACGAGCUGGAGCCCAAGUGGGUGGACAUUACGUUCUUUUUGGACGAGAGGAAGGUCUUGCUGCGGUAUUGCCACGCGGACAGGGAGGGCAAGGGCGGACGCGUCCGAGGCACGGGCCUAUGGACCGGCGAGGAUCGAUGGAACGAGAGUGGAACGGGUGGCUUGGUCUGGACGCAGGAGUGGGUGUCUUUCUGA